AUGAUUCUUGUUGUAAUUGCUCAAUCUUGUCAUGAAUUGGUACCACCUGAUGUGUUGGAACCUCUUACUAAAACUGGUGAAGUCAUGGCAGCUGGUUUGAACGCUAUACGCGAGAUUUGUGCACGUCAACCCUUAGCAAUAGAUUCUACUUUGUUACAAGAUCUAACAGAAUAUAAAUCAGAUAGGGAUAAGGGGGUCAUUAUGGCAGCUAAAUCAUUAAUUGGAUUAUUUCGGGAAAUUAAUCCGGAAAAUGGUAAAAUUGCUAGUAUGAAUAUGAAAAAUUUCAAACCAUUACAGAAUGGUAAAAUACGUACGACUGAACAAAUUGAAGGUAUAGAAUUAUUAGAAGAAUAUAAGAAACAACAAAUGCAGGAGGGUGUGACAGGAGCUGAGGAAGAUGAAAAACAUGAAGGAUAUGUAGGAGAGACUACAAAAGAUAAAAAGAUUUCAAGCUUGGCAACAACACAACUUUUGACUCCAGCAGAUUUUUUCAAACUGAACGAACUCAAAAUGAAACAUAAAGUUAAACAAUUAAUAGAUGGAGGUAAACGCAAAAGUGACGCGUAUGUAUCAACACCUACAGGUAAUCAUAACCAAAGACCUGUUACUACCAAGAAAUCAGCACCUACAGGUAAUCAUAACCAAAGGCCUGUUACUACCAAGAAAUCAGCACCUAUCAGGCAAUCACCAAGAAAUCAGCACGAUGAACUCCCGGAUAUAGUUGAUGUCAAUUUUAUUACUGGACCACGAAAAAAAGCCAAACAGGAUUAUGAAGAACGUAUAGAAUCCAUAAAGGCCGGACGGGAGGGACGAGAAAAGUUCAGAGGACCCAAAAAAGGAAAAAAGGUUGAAGGCACUAGCACCACGAACAAAGAGAAAGCAAGAAAAAGCUUUUAUGAUGGUAAUUCAUAA